ACCUCUGUAGGUAGACGAUCUCCUUUCCGUUUACAAGACCAGCAAUGGCGUUGCUUUACGGCCUUAUUUGGCGCCUUCUACUAGCUUUAGUCCGCAUCAAAAGAGCGACAGUUUCCUGGUUCCGAGUCCGUCUUCGAAUAUGGAAAGGCCGUUUCUGGCAGCGGACAAUGGCUGGUCUGCUACUGCCGGUUCCUGUGUGUGAGUUCAAGCAGGAGAAGGCCGGUGCUAAUCAGAGUUCUGACGGUGACGGUGAUUGCAAAGGCGCUGGAAGCCGUCAGUCACGUUGGAUAUCUGACGGGAUUUCGCUGGAGAAACUACCGGUCCACAUCGGCCUUGUAGUGGCUGAGGAGGAGCUCAGCUACACGGACAUCGCCAACAUGGUGGUCUGGUGUAUGGCUGUCGGUGUUUCCUACGUCAGCGUCUACGAUCAUCACGGUAUUUUCCAGAAGAACAACUCUUGUCUUCAGGAGGAGAUAGUGAGGCAACAGCACAACCUGUUAGGUGGACAUGACUCUACAUUCAGUAUGGAGUUACUGAAAAACGGCACAGACAAACCCCAAAACUUUGUUGUGUCCUGUAGACCCACAGUGAAGGUCCUGUCUCCAGAGGAUGGAAAGCACAGUAUUGUCCAGGCUGCAAGAAAACUUUGUCACUCUGUGGAGAAGAAGGAAUGGACCUCGAAAGACAUCAGCGUCUCCAUGUUAGACGUACUUCUCAGAGAAUCAAAAAAUAUCCCCGACCCUGAGUUGGUGGUGAAGUUUGGUCCUGUGAACAGCACACUGGGUUUCCUCCCCUGGCACAUCAGACUCACAGAGUUUUUUUCCCUGCCUUCCCACAAAAACGUUUCGUAUGAAGACCUAUUUGGUGCCCUGCAGCAUUAUAGUGCCUGUCACCAGCGGCUUGGACAAUGACCUGCAGAUUGUUCUGCUCUUCAGAGAGGAGGACGGAUCAGGUCUAACAUGUUUGUUCAGAGGCUGGAUUGGAGGUGACUUCCUUCCUGUGUACCAUGACCACACCCAUCCUUCUUCUGGACUAAAACCUUUCAGGAUGGCUAAAAGAGGAAAAAAUCAGGAAUGAUGAGUUGCUUGUCUAAUGCCACAACUUCGUGUUUCAUGAUGAAAUCACUUUCCAAUAUACUGCAAAUCAGUGGAACAAGGCUAAAUCGAGAUGAACACUGACCUGUGAGGGCUAUCUCCACUGACUGUUUUGCAAUAUUGACUUUGUCUCCCCAACCUCUGUGGAUAUCAUUUCCACAGAAAAGAAAUGGAUGGAGAAAAAACUUAUUAUUCAUUAUUUUUGGGUAGAUAAUAAAUGGACAGAAGGUUAACUAUGAGUGAGAAACAUCAGCAGUCUAUCGGUCUAUUUGUUGUUACGCAAUUCAAAAUUGUCACCUUUCAUUUGUGAUUUAGAAACUGACAAAUGUUUCAGUUUGCCUGAAAUAAAAAAAGGCAGUCACUUUGGUGACUGAGCCAGAAAAAAAAUGAAACUUUAUUCUUUGAAAGGGAAAUUCUUGAUCCAUUGAAAACAUGCUGUUUGCGUCUCAAGUACAUUAGAUAUUUGCAGGUGAACAUUUGUAAAAUAAGAUGUAAACAAUGUCCAAUCUGAUGACUUUUAAGAAAAAGGAAUCAGACUGAUUUACUGUCUUUAAUCUACCAUAAAGCCCAGACUUAAGGAGUGAAUUCUCCAACAGUAUGAAUCUGUAGUUCCUGUAAUUGAGCUAAGCUACCACUUAAAAACCACUAAGGAGACAUAGAAUAGAGAAAGUAAAGUUUUAUUUACAAAAAUGCUAAGAAUGAUAAUAAAUUGAAGGAGAUCCAGAACCUCUGGAUCUGACAUUGUUUAAGAAGAACAGAGGCAAUGGGAGGAAGGUGGAGUCAAGGAUAUAAGGGAGGGAGUCAAAAUAUACUAGGCUUACCGUUGAGUUGUGUUGGACGAUCACAAGACAGGAAACAUCUCCACUGAAGAUCCAUUACAAUGACUCAUGGAACCUGGGGUGGGGUGGAAAACAAAAUGUUACACUGGUUCAACCCAGGAGGCACAGAGCUAAGGUAGGCAAUAACCGCUGGUGAGACAACACACCAGAGAACUACUGAUGACACAUCAUGCACAGGCAAAAAAAUAAACAUUUAUACUGCACAACAAAAUAAAAUAACUCUGAUCAAACAUGUGUACAACCAUAUUGAAAAUUAACCAAGAUUCUCCCUCUCCUGUUAUUUACUUUUCAUCAGCAUGGUUGUAUUCCUACAUCAGCUCUUCCGUUUCUUUUUUGUGUAUCUGCUCUGACUUCUCAGUCAUGGAAGAUGGCUCUGCUCAUACUGAGCCAGGUUCUGGUUCUCUGGGUUUGUUACUGUUGGGGUGGAGUUUUUCUUGUCCAUCGUUGUUACAUGUAUGCUCAGCAUGAGCUGUAAAGUCAAUGACACAACAAAA